AACCUCCCAAGAGAAGAACGAUACAAGGUUGAGAAUAUGGUUCUCGUGGGGUUGAUACCUGGACCAAAAGAAGCAAGCACAAAUGAGAUGAACUACUAUCUGCGUCCUCUUGUUGAUGAGCUUAUGGAUUUGUACAAAGGUAUUAGCAUUGAUAUACAUAGCUGUCCUGGUGUGCUGGUCUGUGCUGCUCUCCUGAUAGUCACAUACAACAUUCUGGCUGCAAGAAAAACAUGCGGAUUUACCUUCCACAACAGUACCAAUGUCUGUCAUAGGUGUAAUCGCCACUUUUACCGUUUUAAAGGCACUACUAUUGUUGACUACUCUCGAUUUAAGUUUUCAGAAUGGGUAGGCCAAACAAAGGCAGAGAACCUGGAGCACGCCACCAUAUGGAAAAAUACUAAGAGUGCAGCUGCACAAAAAACAUUGGAGCUUGCAAAUGGCGUUUGUUGGUCAGAGUUGCAUCGACUUUUCUACUUUGAACUAGUACAGUCAACUAUAAUUGUUUCAAUGCACAACCUUUUCUUGGGAACUGCAAAA